GUCGAAAACAAGCCCAACAACUACCUUCCCCAUCUGAGCUUACGGAAGAGAACAACCCUUCACGCGAUUCGUUCAUAUUUCCAUCUGGUUAUAAUCCAGUCACGCACGUUGCACCAGGGUCACUCCCAAAUAUUCCUGUAUCCACAUCAUUUGCACCCUCCUCACAAUUUACAAAAGGAAGCUCACACUUCUCGGCCCAGAGCUCUGAUCUCUCAGCCUCGACCUCAACUCUAAACUCCUCCAAGACUGUCCACCAUCCAUCGUCUGGCAUGGUAACUCCUCGCGGGAGAGACGCGUCUUUUCCAACCGCUAUGCCUUCAGCACUCUCUGUUUUGCUCUCCAUACACGCUGAUGGUGCCACGCCUAGAGGAGCGCACUCGCAAAGUCCAACGCUGACGCAAGUAACUGAGAGGCCUCAUUACUUUGAUUCAUUAGCAGACCCAGAGCAGGCAAUGUCCACAGUUAACCAUAAUUCUGCGGAUCGUACCCUUCUGUCAACUAGCAACAUUCGAUCAGAAGUUUCGCGUUUUGCUUCUUCGCCAGCCACAGAAACUUCUCCCCUGCUUCCUCCUCCAAAUGGCUCCGUGACUGCCAUAAAUGGUCACGCCUUAGCGCCCUCGAAACGCUCGACGCCCUCAAAACGUUUGUCAAGCCUCAUGCAUGGGAUCAUAGGCGAUACACAUAAGAUUUACCCUCAAGAACUCGCGCGGACCGUGUUGAAAAGCUUGCCUGCCGUACUCUUGGGCACGUUGCUCAACAUCCUUGACGGUGUAUCAUAUGGAAUGAUCCUUUUUCCCGCAUCUGGUGUCUUUGCUGGAUUAGGCGGGAUGGGGGUAUCGAUGUUUUUUGUCUCCACAGUGGUGGCACAACUCGUCUACUGCCUUGGAGGGAGCAGCUUUGCGGGUGCUAACGGCAGUAUGAUGAUUGAGGUUGUGCCCUUCUUUCACAUUCUUGCGGCUACCAUAGCACGUGAUAUCGGAGACGAAUAUCCGAAAGAGAUCAUCGCCACGACAAUUGCGGCGUUUGCGCUUUCGUCCGUACUCACUGGGCUGACCUUUUUUCUCCUUGGCUAUCUGCGUUUGGGCGUGCUCAUUGGGUUCUUUCCGCGGCAUAUUCUUGUUGGAUGUAUAGGAGGGGUUGGCAUCUUUUUGAUUCUUACAGGCCUCACCGUGAGCACACGUCUCUCGUCCGAUGCGCUCGAUCCGCCGACACUGGAGACCCUCCGAUACUUUAUUCUCAAUACACACGCCCUUGCACAAUGGGUUCCUCCCCUUAUCCUGGCAGUGCUACUGAGGUUCAUCACUAUGCGGUGGAAACAUCAGCUUGUGUUCCCCAUCUAUUUCAUGAUUAUACCAGUUGUGUUUUAUGUGGUAGUUGCAGCUGCAGGGCUUGAUCUUGGUGCACUGAGGAAGCAUGGCUGGCUGUUCGAUAUGGCUGAAGGAACUGGAGGCGGGGAGGACAGAUGGUAUGGAUUUUAUUCGUAUCUCGAUAUUGGAUUGAUCCAGUUUACACCCCUAUGGACGACACUGCCGAUACAAUUUGCAUUGUUGUUCUUCAAUAUCUUGCACCCACCUUUGAAUGUUCCUGCGCUAUCGGUGUCCCUUGACGUAGACAUUGAUACUAACAAAGAGCUUGUGGGACAUGGGUAUUCGAAUUUACUUGCCGGGUUUCUAGGCACAGUACCAAACUAUCUCGUAUACGUGAACACCUUACUGUUUUACCGCGUGGGUGGCGGAACGCGUAUUGCUGGCUUCUUGCUUGCGGUCGCGACGUGUAUCCUACUACUCAUAGGGACAGGACCAAUAGCGUACAUCCCUGUCAUGGUCGUCAGCGCGUUAAUCUUCGUGCUCGGCAUCGAUCUCGUCAAGGAGGCGUUAUGGGAUACGCGGAACCGAGUUAGCAGGAUGGAGUACAUCACGAUCGUCAGCAUCAUGGUUACAAUGACGGCCUGGGACUUUGUCAUUGGUGUUCUGUUUGGCAUCGUCGUCAGCUGUUUCUUCUUCGUGGUACAGAACUCACAGAGAAGGAGCAUACGCGCAUCCUAUGCUGGGGAGUCGGCAAUUUCCACGGUCAGGCGGCCUGCAGCACACAGAGCGUACAUCCGAGAAGUGUCGAAGCAGACAAGGGUGCUUCGUCUUCAGGGAUUCCUUUUCUUUGGUACCAUCGCCCAUGUUGAAGAAACUUUGAGAAAUAUCGUCGAGGACGCUGCUUGGCAACGCAAUCCCGUCCGCUUCGUCGUCGUCGACUUGUCUCUUGUGGUAGGUGUGGACAUGUCUGCUGCAGAGGCUUUCGUGCGUGUGCAGCGCUUGCUCGCUGCAAAGGGCGUGGUGUUGGUGUUUUGCGGUGUUACCCCUGAAAAUCCCUGCGGCAAAGCGCUGAGCAGCGUGGGAAUCCUUCAAGAGCCAUCCGUCGAGGUCUUUGAGACGUUGAAUGAUGCAAUGGAAUGGACCGAAAAUGCCUAUCUGCGAGCGUGGUUCAGAGCCCAGAAGUCAUGGACAACUCCAAUAACGCUCCCUGGCCGCCGAGAUACCAGCCUUUCCUUUGAUGAAACUUUGACGGGAUCUCCAAGGCAAAUGCAACUUCGUGAUGUUGGAGAGCGCACAAUCGCUGGUGAAUUUCUCGACAAGGAUUCAGAGAAUUCCUCUGAGCCAUACAACACUCUCCUCAAUGCGUUCUCGUCGUAUCACGAUGUAGAACAGAACACGUUCAGACAGAUCGCCCCGUACUUUGAGCGAUUUACGUUCUCAGACGGUUUCGUCCUGUGGGAGAAUAAUGAUACCCCCGAUGGCCUGUAUAUCAUCGAGUCAGGCAUCCUGCGGGCAUCAUACAAAUUUGCGGAGCACAGCCCCGUCAUCGAGGAGUCAAUGGUGUCGGGUACUCUGGCAGGCGAGCUGUCUGCUCUGUCGGGCAUGCCGCGGAAUGCACGAGUAGUUGUAGAACAGCAGGCGGUAUUGUGGAAGUUGUCUGUCGAAAGCAUGCGUCGACUGGAGGCAGAACAUCCUCAUCUUGCACAGAUUUUUGUGCAACUUGUACUCAAAGCUGCAAAAGUCGACACCGACAUCCUUCUUGCUGCCUUAGCCACAAGAUGAAAAAAUGGGGAUGUAUAUAUACCGGAUUCUACAAUAUAUAAGCUGGCAUAACCGGAGGAUCGGUGGCUAUUGUGUCCACCCCGUCAUGCUAUGUUGACGUGCGUUUUUGCCGUUGGUCUGUACCAUUUGAAUAAUACCCGUCAUGCUGUGUGGCGUGAGUUGAUACUGUUUCUGUGU